GACAGGGAUAACAGUAGGAGAUAUACAUGGUUCGAUUUUACAGUUCCGAGUGUAUUCCGAAUGCCAUUGGGAGUGCAAAUUUUGGCACCUUCAUUACGACCGUUGGACGAAUUGUCAGUGUCUUGUCUAAAAGACGAUCCUCGCGACCGAACAGCUUGCCUCUUGCGUUGUCAGACACAAGUGUCGUCUGCUAGUCGAAACCCGACUCCUCAUGCGACGCAGUCUGAUUGUAAAAAGCACGCCUGUUUGAGAAUGAGUGUCUCAGAAAAUCCACGGACACCUGAAAGUAUGGACAGACAGAAAGAUGCACUGCCGCAUUCUCCCCCAAGUGUUAAACCCCAGCUUUCGUCUAAAGCCACGGCGUUUUCUAUAGCUGCUAUCAUCGGCUCCCAGGAAGCAGACGACACUGAUAAAGUUAUUCCUGAAAGCAAGGUUCAAAUUUCACCAUUAGAGCGUCUGGUCGAGCCCAGCGAUGGUCCGGUAUCUCCUCAGCCAGACAUAAAGGUCAUCAAAAAGGAGAAGGUUGAGAAGACCACAGUGACCUCUAGCGGUAGCAAGGAACUGGAGAACGUCAACUGUAGGCUGGAGACCAAGGAACUCUGGGACAAGUUCCACGAACUCGGCACGGAGAUGAUAAUAACAAAGAGUGGAAGACGUAUGUUUCCGACGUUGAGGGUGUCGUUCACGGGGCUGGAGCCCGACACCAAGUACAUCGUGUUGAUGGACAUCAUCCCUGUGGACAACAAGCGCUACCGAUACGCCUAUCACCGGUCAUCGUGGCUAGUGGCGGGGAAAGCUGACCCCCCUCUUCCCACCAGAUUUCACGUGCAUCCCGACUCCCCCUUUACAGGAGACCAGCUUCAGAAGCAGACAGUCUCGUUUGAAAAGCUGAAACUGACCAAUAACAUGUUGGACAAAAAUGGACAUGUAGGUAUCAUCUUAAACUCGAUGCACAAAUACCAGCCUCGUAUCCAUAUAGUGAAGAAGCGGGAUGCCACGCCCAAUCAGCCAUCCUUGACAAGUCUCGACGCCGAGGAGUUCAGGACGUUCGUGUUCCCCGAGUGUGUCUUCAUCGCCGUCACGGCUUACCAGAACCAGCUGAUAACAAAACUGAAGAUCGACAGUAACCCAUUUGCCAAAGGAUUCCGUGACUCGACUCGGCUGACGGAAUUUGAAAGCCCAAUAUUCCGAGAGAGCAUGGAAAGCCUCCUCCACAACCACACCUACGCCCGCUCCCCCAUCCGCUCCUACACCGACGCCGAGCUCGAAGAGGUGAUGCUCAAACAGCGAGAAUACCUCCUGGCCAAGGAUGACCCGUCGUCUAUGGAUAAGAACGGUGUGUUCCCGUCCCCUACCUGGUCAAUAUGGCGUCCGAUCUGCUCCACAAUGAUGAACUCGUCCUACUACACAGCCAGUCGGCCGUUUUACACAUUCUAUGGAGGCUUUCUUGGACUUGCAAAUUCGAGCGCACCUUUUCCGUCUGUAGCGUUUCAUCCGGGUCUUUCAGGUGUGAACGGGUACCCGCCUAUGAGGGAGAUGACCCAGCCCAGUGCAUCUGUCGCCCCCUCGGAACACUCACCAAGCCCUCAUCACCACCUAGGCAUGUACAACCGAUACCAUCCAUAUAUGUCGCCUGAUAAACUAAAAAGCCCAGACUCAACUGUGGUUGAUGGUUGUCACCCCUGAUAACCUUCACAUUGUGACUUGAAAGCUCCACACACCGAUAUGUUACACUUCCGGUCGUUAUUGAAAUGAGUCGGAGACGGCAUCAGUUGGGAACAUGUCUUUCAUCUAUAAUGGCUGUUAUGUGCAGAAUUUGACCACAGAUUAUUUCGGGGAAGAUUUUAUGAGUAUUUGUGUUAAUUUUUUAUGAGUAAUAUAAGAAGUCAGAACUGCAUGAACAUUUAAUCAGCUCACGAGACAACGCGAGAACUGAUAUCUUAGUUUAUUAUUGUCGUCAAUGACUAUUUGUUGAUUAUUGAAAUAUUUAUGAUUCUCGAAAUGACCAGCUACUUGAUUAUUAUUAUUAUUAUCCUUAUUGUAUCUGUAAAUUAUCCGGCUAUUGAUUUAUGAGAACACGAAUAUUAACGAUUAGUUAACUGUGAGGGCGGUGGCAUAGUAUAGUGGUCUAAGCGUUCGUUCGUCACACUGACGACCCGGGUUCCAUUGCCCUUAUAGGUACAAUGGGUCAAGGAAAUGCCGUGAUUUUGCUAGAGUAUUGCUAAAAGCGGUGACAAACUAAACUCACUAACUAGUUAACUGUGAACACGUGAUGGAUGCACAAAGUGACCACAACAUAGGCAUGCUGUGAUUCCAUUCCAAAUCAACCAGAAAACAGACACAGCGACAGGAAAAUACAAAUCUUUAUGAUGUAUAGUCAUAUAUCACUUGUAAAUAUUUCAUCAAGUUUGUAAAUGUCUUCCAUAUACACGUGUAAAGCGAGUUUCUGUACCACUAUUCUCGCUGUAAAAAGGAUCUUCAUAUCAAGAACAUGUGUUUGUAAUUUAUGUGAUAUGUUUCUGAAUCAGUUGUUCUUUAAAUAAAGAAAAUGAACAUGA